AUGGUCUGGCAACCAGAACCGCUGCCUUUUAACAGCAACUCGCUUCCUGAAUCCCCCUUACCGAGCAAGGAUGAAAUUCGUGCUUGCACAAAUAUUCUAUUUGACCGCGUAUACAAGGUAGUCGCAAUAAAUGACGAGAUCUUGGUGAAAUUCGGCCGCGGCGUCAAAGAAUACGAGGGCCAGGUCCUGAUAUUUCUCGAGCGCCAUGUCCCCACAAUUCCAGCGCCUCGACUGUACGCUAUGUACAAGGACACCGAGACGCUUGAAACGUUCCUGGUCAUGCAGCGCAUCCCCGGCAAGCAGCUAGACGCAAUUUGGCCAUCAUUGGCCGAGGACGAGAAAGACGAUAUUAUUGAUAAACUCCGGCAAAUAUUCGAUAAUCUCCGACAGGUUCCGUGUCCCAGGCCGGAUUUCUAUGGCGGUCUGGAUGGCGGCUGCCUCCACCACUACCUGUUUCAUAACCGGAGGGGCGGCUUGCCGCGAUCCUUAGGACCCUAUAUUGGGGAAAUAAACUUCGUCGCGGGCAUGGUUGGGAAUUACCGCGCGCAUAUUGAACGGAAUCGGAGGCCGGACUAUAAGGUCCGCUACUACGAAGAAUAUCUGCCGAGUCUCCUCAAGGGGCAUCGGCCGACGCUGACGCACGGAGACGUCCAGCAGAAGAACAUCAUGGUCGCAGAAAAUAGUAGCGGUCGCAAUGCGCAGGGGGGACGGUCGUUUGAUGUUGUGCUAAUAGACUGGGCGGAAGCUGGGUGGUAUCCUCAAUACUGGGAGUUCUUUGUUGCAUCCUCCCCGAUUGCAUUUAUGUACUGGGAUAGUGACUGGUGUUUAAAAAUCCAGCAAUUCCUUGAGGUUUGGCCGGCGGAACAGGCCGUGAUGCGGAUGGUGGACAGGGAUGCUGGUCUGUGA